AUGUCUGAAGCCCUUCCUGAAAUGCAAUACCGGUUCCUCGGCCGGACCGGUUUGAAGGUUUCGGUCAUCUCACUGGGAAGUUGGCUUACAUAUGGCGGACACGUCGGGAAUGAAACCGCUCUUGAAUGCAUGAAGGUUGCAUACGAUGCCGGUGUCAACUUCUUCGACACAGCCGAGGUAUACUCCGGCGGUCAGUCAGAGGUCGUGCUCGGAGAAGCUAUUAAAAAGUUUGGCUGGAAGCAGAAUGACUUGGUCAUAUCCACCAAGAUCUACUGGGGCAAGGCCAACAGCGCCAACCCAAACAAACCCCUCAACAACAAUGGCCUUUCCCGCAAGCACAUCAUCGAGGGCAUGAAUCUCUCUCUCCAGCGGUUAGACCUUCCAUACGUGGAUAUCGUCUAUGCCCACCGGCCAGACCGCGACACCCCAAUGGAAGAAAUCGUCCGCGGCUUCAAUUACCUCCUGGACCACGGCAAGGCCUUCUACUGGGGAACCUCCGAGUGGUCUGCAAGCGAGAUCUCCGAUGCCUGGCGCAUUGCCGACAAAUUGGGUCUGGUGGGUCCAGUCGUCGAGCAGCCACAGUACAAUCUUCUGGUGCGCGAGCGUGUCGAGCGGGAAUACCGCUGGCUAUACGAUGCCCACGGGCUCGGUCUGACGGUCUUCUCACCGCUGAAGGGCGGCGUGUUGACCGGCAAGUAUAAUGAUGCUUCUGCACCACCGUCGGGUUCGCGCCUGGCAGAGUCAAACGAUGGCUAUGUGCAAAAUCUGCGCAAGACUGUCGGCGAUGAUACAUGGCAGCGUCAAUUGGACCAAGUUGCGGCCUUGAAGCCGGUUGCUGAGGAAUUGGGUGUGCCUACCGCGCAGUUGGCCCUUGCGUGGAUUUUGAAGAACCCUAAUAUCUCCUCCAUGAUUACUGGUGCUUCGCGGCCGCAGCAGGUUUUGGAUAACAUCCGGGCUUUGGAACUUGUUGACAAGUUGACCGACGAAGUCAUUGAGAAGAUUGAGGCUGCUGUUGGGAACCAGCCUGCUGUUGAAAAUAGACGGUUUUAG